AUGACCAUGACGAUGCCAUGUCUUCUGUCAGUGUGCGCCAGAACAGGGGCCGUGGCGGUGGCCAGGGUGGCCGCCGUGGCCGCGGCCGCGGUAGUGGUGGCAGAGGAGGCUGUGAAUGCCAUCAGUCCUGUGAUUGAGCUAUACACUGUCAGCAUGCCUUUCGUGCAUGGCAAGUUCAAUGCAGGGCGCAAGGGGAGCAUGACGCGCGACAUGUACGUGGACACAGGUGCUAGCAUCAGCUGCAUUUCCCAGUCCGCGUACAACCGCGACCAUGACCUGCUCAAGGGUGCAGGCGCUAAGCUGGUGAAGCUGCAGGAACCCAUGCGUCUGGACAUGUUCAACAAGAGUGGCUCUGUGGUGACAGAGAUCGUCAUGGGUGCUGAGUUCCAGAUUGGUGAUGCUUUGUACUCCAGCCACCUGUUUGUUGUCCCUGAUGUCGGGUACGACUACCUGCUUGGCAGUGACUUCAUGGCGCGCUAUGCUGUGAAGCCACUGUAUUACAGGAACCAGCUGGAGCUCGGAUGCGCGAAGUCGGCAAGCAACAAGCGCCUGCCGUCCUACCAGCGCGUCAGGAUGUUCUUCACGGGCCGCACAGUGCGGUUGGCUGUGAAGGGCCCUUCAUCUCUCGGCUGA